AUGUCGGUAUCUGUCCUGUUCGUCGAUGAUGACGCACCGAUGCUCCGCGCCCUAAAGCGCGAGUUCUCAUACGAGUACGAUCUCUCCGUAGCCUACUCCGCCGCGGAAGCUCAAACGUUGAUAAGCGGGCAUCGACGCUUCGACGUUGUCAUCAGCGACGUGACGAUGCCUGGAAUGAACGAGCUCGAGUUUAUCGACCGGGCAGCGCCGCAGAAUCCGCACACAUCGUUCAUCGUGCUCACGGACAACUGCGAUGCUGAGACGCACGCACGAGCCAGCUCGAUGCCCGCGGUCGUCCGCGUCCUAACGAAGCCUGCGAGCCGUGAGUUGAUUCUAGAGGCGAUUGGCGAGGCAGUGAGCCGGAAGCGUUCCGCUCUUGUUGGCCUGGCGCUCGUCGGCUUGCUGUCUGCGUUCUCGAUCGCGGCGGCGGAAGCCCAUUGGCCCAGCGUGACCCGGAUCGAGCACGACAACAGGCAUAGCAGCCUUCUUGUCUUCAUUCAUCCGCGCUGUCAAUGCAGCCGUAGCAUCGUCGAUCAGGUGCUCAGCGUCACCGAGACAGCAGAAGUGCCCAUCAGGGCAACGUUUGUCUUCUACUGCCCUGACGGCGAGCCCGACGAGUGGGUUCAGAAUGAAUCCUGGAGCCGGCUCAACGACGCGGGCAAGUACACGCUCCUCGUCGACCGCGGCGGAAUCGAGGCGGAACGGUUCAAUGCCUCUUCUUCCGGGCAUUGCCUCCUCUUCGAUAUCAACCGGCGUCUGCUAUUCAGCGGGGGCCUUGCUGCGGGGAAAGACGGAAUGCCGUCGCCUCCAGCCCUCGAUGCGCUGGGGACGCACUUGUCGGGACGCCGCGAAGCGGUCUCUGCAUUUCCGGUGGUUGGCUGCGACUUGCAAGAGCAAUCAUUUCUUUCCGAGUACGACUUCUUCACGAAUUACGGCAACUACAUGCCGCGAAUCCACUGUCUCCAAACGGCGGAGGGAAGGCCGGAGGAGCGUGAUCGCGACCCCAAGCUGAUGGAUCUGGCCUGGAUUUUCUUCUUCUGUGGAAUCUCUGGGUAUGGGAUCUCCACAGUCAUCUUCUUUUGGCCAGCCUAUCGGCUCCUGGCGCUAUUUCUACUCCUGCUGGCGAUCGUGACGUGGAGAUUCGCCUACGACCUCAAGCCGUUUGAAGAGUCUUUCUCCGCGAAGCGCGUAGGACGCCAAACGAGGGAGUCGCUAGAAGAGGAGAUCGCCGAGUCCGUUGCCCGCGAGUCAGAAAGUCGAGAAGCCUACCGUGUGUCGCAGGCGAUACUUGACUCGCUGCCAUCUCACGUCUGCAUAUUGAAUACACGGGGCGAGGUCAUCCUGACUAACGCAAGGUGGAACCGGUUCGCCGUAAAUAAUGGCGGUGACGAGGCCUACCUCCUUGCUAACUACCUCGACAUUUGCCGAUCGGCGACGGGUGAAUGCCGUUCUAACGCGUUAGCGCUGGCGGAAGCGAUCGAACGGAUCAUCUCCGAAGGCUCGGGGAGCUACACGGCGGAAUACGCCUGUCACUCAGAACAUCAGCAGCGUUGGUUUGAGGUCUGCGUGAUGCCCGUCGAGAAGCACUUAGAGGGAGCAACCAUUGUUACUCAUACGGACAUCACGAGUCGUGUGCUUGCGGAGAAAGAAGCUCAAGCACAACGGGAAGAGGCCGAGCGGUUGGCCCUUGUCGCCAAGUACACCGAUAACGCCGUCGUUAUUACCGACCACGAAGUACGGAUCGAGUGGGUAAACGAUGGCUUUACUCGCUUGACGGGAUUCACACUCGAUGAGGUGAGGGGCAAGGUUCCUGGGGAGGUGCUCCAAGGCGUAAACACGGAUCAGUCCACUGUCGAGUUCAUGACCGAACGGAUCUCUCGCAAGCAGGGGUUCGACGUGGAGAUCGUGAACUACAGCAAGGCCGGGAAAGAGUACUGGCUCGCGAUGGAGGUGCGUCCGAUUGAAGACGCGAACAGGAAUGUCAACAAAUAUAUUGCGAUCGAGAGCGACAUCACCGAUCGGAAACGCCGCGAACAGGAACUUGCUGACCUGAACCGUGAGCUAUCAGAACAGAACAAGGCGAUCUGUGCUGAGCGUCGCUUGCUGACAACGAUCAUUGAUAGCCUGCCUCAGGCGAUCUUCUGGAAGGACCAAUCUUCGACAUACGUUGGUUGCAAUUCGGUCUUCGCCGAGUUGGUCGGAAUGCGGAGUCCUGCUGAUAUCGCGGGAAGGACCGAUUUCGAUCUGGCCUGGAGCCAAGACGUUAUGGUCAAUGUCGAGCAGACGCAAUCACUUAGUUGCGGGACACAGAAGACAAUCUGGACGAGUAAGACCCCUCUAUUCGAUGAGCACGGAGCCAUUGUUGGGUUGGUUGGCGCCUUCACCGACAUCACCAAUCAAAAGCAGAUCGAGCGGCGGCUAGCGCAAGCCGAAAAACUCGAAUCCAUCGGUCGAUUGGCGUCUGGCGUUGCUCACGAAAUUAACACACCGAUGCAGUUCAUUGGCUGCAACGUCAGCUAUCUUAGCCGGAUCGUAGAACAGUGGACGGGGUUGCAGACCGCCGUCAGCGUCUUACUCAACGGCGAGGGCAGCGGAGGACUUGAACGGCUCCGCGAGACUCUCCCUAGCGAAGAUAUCCUCCGGAGCAGUGAAGAAGCACUCGCCGACUGCCGCCUGGGUGUCGAGCGCGUCUCCGAGAUCAUCGGCGCGAUGAAGGAGUUCGCCCAUCCGGGCAGCGACGACAGCAUGCCGUUUGACAUCAAUCGCAGUAUCCAGAACGCCGCCACACUCACUAAGAACGCGACCAAGCAGCACGCGGUCGUCGAACUCGACCUUGCCGAGUGUGGGUUAGUGCAGGGGUCGGCGUCGUCGAUGAGCCAAGCACUCGUCAAUUUGAUCGUCAAUGCGGCCGACGCGAUCGAGGAAGCCAGCGACGGGGGGAUAGUCCCCGGUCACAUCACGAUCUCCACCCGCCAGUUUGAAGACCGGGUGGUGGUGCGGGUCGUGGACACGGGGUGCGGCAUGAGCCCGGAAGUCGCCGCGCGGGCGUUCGACCCGUUCUUCACGACCAAGGGUGUCGGCAAGGGAAGCGGCCAGGGUCUGGCCAUUGCCUAUAACGCCGUUGUCGAGAAGUGCGGCGGUGAGAUCAAGGUCGACUCCAACCCGGGAGAGGGAACGACCUUCACCAUCUCACUGCCAGUCGCAUACCACGAGGAUAGCUUGAUGAAGGUCAGCUCGGUGACAAGCUAG